UGUGAUGCAUCUUGUCGUUACAUCUCUCGCUUCAACAGCCAUGUCGAUGUUUGGCCUAAGUUUGGUCAAGCCCUGCAUGCCUCCCCUUGUCAGCAUGGCAAUUCUCCAAUGCGGGGAUAAAUGGGAUAAGGACGACUAUAGCUUUUCCGUUGUGGCUCUUUUCAGCGGAAUCUAUGAGGCCUUCACGUGGUGGGUGGUCUUCAGUGUGGUCAGUAUACCGCUCGCUGUUGCAUUGAUCUAUCCCGCGGAAGUUAUGAAAAUUUGGCUUCAGCAGGUUAAACGGGGAGUCCUUACUGACAAGAAUUCCACUCGGAUCACCGACUACCGAACGGUCCAAUGGCUCUCAAACCUGCGAAACUGCGCCUUUGAAUAUCCCUCUCUAGUCCAAAUGGUUGGUGGGAUUAUUGUCGGGGAAACUGCGUCACUAUAUGUACUCCUCACAUCCACAAAAAUUUUACCUCUCCCCGUCCUCGCCUUCUUCGUCAUCGUCGCGGUCGACCUAUUUGUCGUCAUUCAUGUCAUAUUCCAUUCCCUCUCUGAUCUUUUCGAAGUCUCGGUCGGUUUCUUGGACGAGAUGAAACUCUAUCACAAAUUCGGAAAUAGAAAAUGGUUCAAGAAAUUUUUGAAGUCAUGUCCGCCACUGAAGUUGACGAUAGGCGAUGGCCAGUACUUUGACAGGAUGACGGCAUUGGGCAUUUGGCAGUACUGUGUGGAUCAGCUAAUCACACUUUUAUACAUGUAGGCCUUUUAUUCUUAUGUAUCAUUUGUCGUAGCACUGCUGCGAUUUUUAUUGCAGGUUAAUAUGAAAUGGGUUGACAUUAAAAUUUUAGGUACUGUUAUGAAUUUAAACAUAGCUUCGUUAGAUGACUUUCCUUCAAAAAUGAGAAAGUCUUCUCUAAAAUUUUUAAAG